UGGCAUGCCCAGAGGAGACUGGGCUCCUCUGCCUCAGUGAGGAGAUCCAUCCCCCAUGGGGCCAGAUGGAUAAGCGGGAGGGUGGCUAUCAGUGGGACAGAGGGGACCAAAGACACAGAGAGGCAGGGACACUCUCUUGGUGUGGUACACAAAGAAGCUGGGAAGCAGAAGUAGCAUGAGCUGAGGGAUGGGGGAGCAUGGAGUGAAGGAGCUUGCAUGACCCAAAACCGAGUUAAUUGCUUGUCAACAGUAGCUAGAUAACAGUGUCUUUCCUUCUCUGUUUUUGCUCACAGAAGGACAAUUUGUUCUAAUGAUAGCAUAACAAGGAGAAGGCUUAUUCAGAGAUAGGCUGUUGGUGUUCCCUGCCUGAGCACAGUGUUACUCAGGGCUGGAGGAAGUUUUGCAGCAAAUCACAACACCUUGAGCUGUGAUAAUAACAGGCUCAUCAUGUUGUAUUUCAGGCAGCUCCAGGGUCUCCUCCCCAUCCUCACCUACCUGCCACCAUCCAGCCCUUGAUCACUUCUCAGCAUCAGGAAAAGCUGCAUUUAGUUGCCUUUCAUCUGUGGAGUGUAGCUACUGCACAGGGAGCAAGGAGCAGCCAGCUCCGGGGUGGAGGGGUCCCAGCUUAAGGAGUUCCCUUGGGGUGGGAAUGUGUUGGGGUGCAGUUGCUGUGGGGUGUGAUCCAGGCAUCAAUUCCCUGCUGCAGGAGGUGGCACAGCCCUGGGCUGAGUGUGCUGGCACCACUUAGAGCCCAUGGGAGCCUCCUUCCCCCUGGCCCUGUGGCCAGACCCUGUUGAGCACUAGCCAGGGUUUAGACUUGCCAAAGCAAGCAAUCCCUAGGGGUUUAGCAGAUUUGGAAAUGUAGGAGGAAGGUGGGUGAGGCCAGGUGGCAGGGCAGGAGGGCUCCUUUGGGUGCUGGGGGCACAGAUGUUCUGAUGGCAAUGUGAAUCUGGGCAGGAGAAAGAGGCUUCAGCUCUGCUCAAGCCAGGCAGAUGUGGGCUGACUGACCACAACAGCAUUCUUGCCAGUGAUGUCACGAGGGUCUUGGUGGCACAUUUAACCAGCUGGUUGGGACUGGCAUCUCUGGGAGAAAUGGGAGUAUCAAAGGCUGGGGUCAGGCACCUUGUGGCCUAUUAUCCCUUUGUCCCAAUGCAGGUCCCUGCAGUCUGACAGGAAGAUGCCAGGGGGAUUGAACAUCUCUUCUGACAGCCCGGAGCUACGAGCAGCAGGGAUUAUUGUGCCCAUCGUUUUCUCCCUCAUCUUCCUUGUGGGUACGGUGGGAAAUGGGCUGGUGCUGGCAGUGCUGCUGUGGAAUGGCCAAGUCAAGUAUUCCACCACCAACCUCUUCAUCCUCAACCUGGCUGUGGCCGACCUGUGCUUCAUCAUCUGCUGUGUCCCUUUCCAGGCCACCAUUUACACCCUGGACGGGUGGCUCUUUGGGGCCUUUGCCUGCAAGGCUGUGCAUUUCCUGAUCUACCUCACCAUGUAUGCCAGCAGCUUUACCCUGGCUGCUGUCUCUGUAGACAGGUACUUGGCCAUUCGCUAUCCCCUGAAGUCCCGGGAUCUCCGCACAUCCCGAAAUGCAGGAGUGGCCAUUGUGGUGAUCUGGUCACUGUCGAUGCUCUUCGCAGGGCCUUACCUCAGUUACUACCAGAUAAUCCAUUACCAUGGUGUGCCCAUCUGUGUCCCCAUCUGGGAGGACCAGCGCAGAAAGGUUCUGGACAUCCUCACAUUUGUGUUUGGGUACCUGCUGCCUGUGACUGUGGUGAGCCUGGCAUACUCUAGGACCAUCAAGUUCUUGUGGACUUCUGUAGACCCCAUAGAAAGAAUCUCAGAGUCUCGGAAAGCCAAGCGUAAGGUCACCAAGAUGAUUGUCACAGUGGCCAUCCUGUUCUGCCUCUGCUGGCUGCCCCACCACCUGGUCAUCCUCUGCUUCUGGUUUGGCCACUUUCCCUUCAACCGGGCCACUUACGCUUUCCGCCUGGCUUCCCACUGCCUCUCCUACACCAACUCCUGCCUCAACCCCAUUGUCUACGCCCUCAUCUCCAAGCAUUUCCGCAAGCGUUUCAAGCAGGCCUUCACCUGCCUCUUCUUCCAGAACAAGAUCAGGAAAAAGAAGAAGAAGAGAGUUGGAAGGAAAGUCCAUAUGGUCAAUGUGGAAGGAGGUUUUGCCAACAGGACAGGAGAUUUCUAUGGACGCAACACUGAGGUUACCCAAGCCCCAGAAGGGAGCACCAGGAAGAGGGACCAUGAAGGUGCCAGUUGUGCCAGAGCAUGGACUCAGCAGGUACAAGAUGCCAUGAUCUCUGUUCAGAAGGAGCUACUGGAGGAGGAAAUUUUGGCAACAGCUGGCCAUUCCCUAGAUGUGACCCCUCUAAGAGAAACUGCUGGACAAGACCAAGAAGAAGCCCUAGAAAAGGGCUAGAGAUGCAAGAAAGAAGUCGCUAUUUGCAUCACAUUUUCUGACCACAUCACAGUGGUUUUGCUUUCCUCUAGGAUUCUAGGAUCAUCAUGCCCACGCAUUAUCCCCGCUGAGAUGGUUUUAUGUUAGCAGUAAGAGAUGAGCUCACACAUUCAGACCCAUUAAGUCUGAGUUCAAGUCCCCCAGAACUCCUCAAACACCUCCUCCAUCAUCCUGUAGUCAUGUCUGAGACCUGCCAUCAUCCCAGCUCAAUAUUCACAGUAAACUUUAAGUGACUGCAACAGCUGUCCUUUUCUUUAAUUAUGUAUGGUGUUUUAUUAAUGUUGUAUGGAUCCUGAAUAUGUAACCCUUAAUGUGAGGCAGGUCUGCACCUGUAAUUUCUUAACAGGAGGUGAAAAUUGGGAAGCUUAGGAGAAAGGGGAAAGCUGUGACGUUGUGGGACAGCCAGACUUCCACACUGAAGCUGGGAAACAAUUACAGGCGGUCAUGGCACUUAUAGGUGUCCUGAGCCCUGUGUGGGCUACAAAAUCCUCUGGUGUCCUCACUUGUCCCCAUGUAUGGUGCUGGAAGUUGUGUCAAAAGUAAAGGAGUUUUGGCCUCAUCCAGUGCUGUAGGCAUUGUACAGUGGGGCUGGUUGAUAUCAGGCAGCUUGCAGAGCUGUGAUGUGCAUGAGCAGAGCCAUGAUCUCCCCCUUAUUUCUCUUUUUCUGUUCCCUACUUCUGUUUG